CAGAUCACGUGGCUGCCAUCGCCCCUCCGCCCCCUUACACUCUUCGCCCUCCUCCCAGUCGAAGCGCCUCCUGGCCGCCCCUCAGCGCAUGGGUGGCGGUCACGUGCCCAGAACGUCCGGCGUUCGCCCCGCCCUCCCAGUUUCUGCGCGCCUCUUUGGCAGCUGGUCACAUGGUGAGGGUGGGGGUGAGGGGGCCUCUCUAGCUUGCGGCCUGUGUCUAUGGUCGGGCCCUCUGCGUCCAGCUGCUCCGGACCGAGCUCGGGUGUAUGGGGCCGUAGGAACCGGCUCCGGGGCCCCGAUAACGGGCCGCCCCCACAGCACCCCGGCCUGGCGUGAGGGUCUCCCUUGAUCUGAGAAUGGCUACCUCUCGAUAUGAGCCAGUGGCUGAAAUUGGUGUCGGUGCCUAUGGGACAGUGUACAAGGCCCGUGAUCCCCACAGUGGCCACUUUGUGGCCCUCAAGAGUGUGAGAGUCCCCAAUGGAGGAGGAGGUGGAGGAGGCCUUCCCAUCAGCACAGUUCGUGAGGUGGCUUUACUGAGGCGACUGGAGGCUUUUGAGCAUCCCAAUGUUGUCCGGCUGAUGGACGUCUGUGCCACAUCCCGAACUGACCGGGAGAUCAAGGUAACCCUGGUGUUUGAGCAUGUAGACCAGGACCUAAGGACAUAUCUGGACAAGGCACCCCCACCAGGCUUGCCAGCCGAAACCAUCAAGGAUCUGAUGCGCCAGUUUCUAAGAGGCCUAGAUUUCCUUCAUGCCAAUUGCAUCGUUCACCGAGAUCUGAAGCCAGAGAACAUUCUGGUGACAAGUGGUGGAACAGUCAAGCUGGCUGACUUUGGCCUGGCCAGAAUCUACAGCUACCAGAUGGCACUUACACCCGUGGUUGUUACACUCUGGUACCGAGCUCCCGAAGUUCUUCUGCAGUCCACAUAUGCAACACCUGUGGACAUGUGGAGUGUUGGCUGUAUCUUUGCAGAGAUGUUUCGUCGAAAGCCUCUCUUCUGUGGAAACUCUGAAGCCGACCAGUUGGGCAAAAUCUUUGACCUGAUUGGGCUGCCUCCAGAGGAUGACUGGCCUCGAGAUGUAUCCCUGCCCCGUGGAGCCUUUCCCCCUAGAGGGCCCCGCCCAGUGCAGUCGGUGGUACCUGAGAUGGAGGAGUCGGGAGCACAGCUGCUGCUGGAAAUGCUGACUUUUAACCCACACAAGCGAAUCUCUGCCUUUCGAGCUCUGCAGCACUCUUAUCUACAUAAGGAUGAAGGUAAUCCGGAGUGAGCAAUGGAGUGGCUGCCAUGGAAGGAAGAAAAGCUGCCAUUUCCCUUCUGGACACUGAGAGGGCAAUCUUUGCCUUUAUCUCUGAGGCUAUGGAGGCUCCUCCUCCAUCUUUCUACAGAGAUUACUUUGCUGCCUUAAUGACAUUCCCCUCCCACCUCUCCUUUUGAGGCUUCUCCUUCUCCUUCCCAUUUCUCUACACUAAGGGGUAUGUUCCCUCUUGUCCCUUUCCCUACCUUUAUAUUUGGGGUCCUUUUUUAUACAGGAAAAACAAAACAGAAA